UCAGGUUCUUAAGAGUCUUUCACUUCUUUUGUUUGCCUGGUUUUCCCUCCCAGAUUCCGAUAAAGCCCAUGAUCCAACCUGUUACCUAACAAGGCUGGUGGCACUUAGCCCUUCUCACCCUCUAGUGGGAACACUGGCCUGGGAUUAAAGCGCAGACCACCAACCCCGAGCCACACACAGCCUGAGCCACCCCAAGGAGUGGGAACCUGUCACACAGUCUUCAAGCGACUUCAAGUGACUUGUCGCAGCACCAACAGGUGGAAUGAAAGUUCUAAUCGCUUCCCUCCUUCUGUUGCUGCCACUAAGGCUGAUGUCCACGGUCUCCAGAAGCCCAAAUACAGGAAUCGCCAGAGGCCAUAGGGACCUACGGCAGGCUUCUGGGAAGUGGCUCCAGGAAGAUGUCCAAGAAUGUGAGUGCAAAGAUUGGUUCCUGAGAGCCCCUAGAAGAAAAUUCAUGACAGCACAUGGGCUGCCGAAGAAGCCAUGUCCCUGUGACCAUUUCAAGGGCAGAGUGAAGAAAACCAGACACCAAAGACACCACAAGAAGCAAAACAAGCCCUCCAGAGCCUGCCAGCAAUUUCUCAGACGAUGCCAGCUGGAGAGCUUUUCUCUGCCUUUAUAGGAGCUCUGAGAGCCCACCUUCCUGAUGAAACACUGUCAGUCAACAAGGCAGUGAGCACACCUAGAAGAUGCUCUUCUCCCGCCUCAAGCUCCCCACCCCUGUCCCUGCUUCCUAAAUCAUUCCACUGUUCUCAAAAAGCAUUUUCCCCAAGAUUAUUGCUCCCUGGAGUGCCUUCUUCUCUUGUCAGUCUUUUCCUGGGGCUUCUCCUUACCCAGCUUAAACUUACUUACCUGAAAGAAACCAGGAGUCCCCAGUUGCUUAGCUGACCUUAAAUAUAACCAAGCAAGUAGCAAACAAAAGGCAACAAAUAUAUUUAAAUG